AGAGGACCGCGCUCGAGUUCAUCACCUUCGUUAUCUGGAGGCCCUGAAAAUCCUCUGAGAAACGGAAAAAAACUCGUCUAAACUCUAAGCUGUCGCUUGCAAACCCUAACUCCAUCUUUUAGGGCUCCAUUUUCGUUCGGAAACCCUAGCCCUUCAAAACCCUAUUACAUAGUUAGGUAAUCUGUGCAUCUAUCUCUUUCUGCCUCUUUCUCUCUCUCUCUAUCGGGUUCGUUGUUUCGGAGGAACCCUAAUUUUCUCUGGGUUUCUUCUGAUUCAUUCCUUUCGAAACCCUAAUUUCCUCUAUCACAACUCUGGUACACCGAGUGUGGUGAGAUUGCAAAGGCUUCCGAGCCCUUUUUUCCCGUUUUAAGUAUAUCGGACCUUGUUACCUUGAGAAGAGUUGAUUCAUUAGAAAACAGAGAUCUAUAAUUUUUUUUUUAAUAAUUGUAAUUUUGCAAGGAAAUUCUUUUCUUCUCUUUUCUGUAGAUACCGUCGGUUUCCAGAUAUACUAGAAUUGAUCUUGAUUUUCCCUCGAAACCCUAAUCUUCUGUAGCAAAGUCUUAACCGGUUUAGACGUUGUCUGUAACCCUAGUUUUGAAUACUUAAUUUUCAAGGCUAAAUAGUUUGUUUUCUUACUUUCGACCCGGCAAUCGGAACUGCGGCGUUUAGCUUUCGGAUAACUCUGCUUGAAUACACAGCUGUGGCUCUUUCGACAUCGCGCUAGAAAUGGUGGGAGGUGGAAGCAGGAGAGACGAUGGGUCCUUGGGGAUUAACAGUACCAACGUUUUCGCUGCUCUUGAAAGCCUCAGGAGAAAGAAGAAAUCUGACAAGGAGCACGGAUCUUCAAGGAGCAAGGGAUCUUCCAAAAACGAGGCAAAGGAACCUGAGCCCCAGGUUUUCUGGGCCCCGACGCCGCUGACCGGGAAAUCUUGGGCUGAUGUUGAUGAUGACGAUGACUAUUAUGCAACAACUGCUCCACCUGCUACUUGGGGUUCAGUAGAACCACAACAAAACAAGGAGAGUUCAACUCCUGUUGAGGAAAGUGAAAGCGAGGAAGAUGGCUUUGAUUUAGGUGACGAUGAUGUUGAUGAUGAGCAUGAUCAUGAACCCGAGGUUCCAGUGCAAACUGAGACUGUAGUGAAGAACCCACCACCGGCUGCCGUUGCACCCAAGGAGACGGAAAGACAGUUGUCAAAGAAGGAACUCAAGAAAAAAGGGCUUGAAGAACUUGAUGCCCUAUUGGCUGAGCUUGGUAUGCAAAAGGAGGCAAGUGGACCAGAUGAUUCACGAGGUGCCACACAAGAUAAAAAGGCAGAGGAGCUUAAUGGAGAUUCAGAGAAGAAGGAAGCUGCUACAGGAGAGAGCAAAAGCGCAAAGAAGAAAAAGAAGAAGGACAAGUCUUUAAAGGAAGCAAAAGAAUCCCAGGACCAGCCCAAUGGCUCAGAGGUUAACAAUACACCAGAUGAAGCUGCUGGUUCUGAACAGGCAGAGGAGGAUGCAAAUGCUGUUGAUGUGAAGGAGCGACUAAAGAAGGUGGCAUCUAUAAAGAAGAAAAAAUCAAGUAAGGAGAUGGAUGCUGCUGCCAGAGCUGCUGCCAUUGAGGCUGCUGCUAGGAGUGCAAAACUUGCUGCAGCAAAGAAGAAGGAGAAGAGUCACUACAACCAACAGCCUGUGCGGUAAAAACCCCCUCGUUUAGAUAUGAACAUGUAUUCCCCUAGUUCAUUUGUUGAAUGCAAAAUAAACAGCAGGUUCUGGUUUUAUAGGUCCUCCCAAUGCCCCAAGUGUCAUGUGACAUAUUAUUGUUUCAGACAUUUUUUGUUAUGCAAAAUUUCUCAUAUGUUUAGUUGAACCUUUGUGCGCUGUGCUGUUCGUUUGGUGAUAUAGUUCGGUUCUUUCUCCUCUGUAGCAUCAUACUGUAUCAUGUGUUUGGAUGGAAUUGGAUGGAUGGGUAGAUAUCCCUGAGAAUACAAAAUCCAACAAUACCUCGACCUGUUUAUAUUUUUUGCGUUGCAUGUGAGAGAAUAUUUGUCAAUUUAUGUUUAUGGCGCUGUUCUAAGCUGCCUUUGAAGCA